AUGACCAAUCCCUACGCCGGUAGCGGUGGACCUCCUUCCUUCUCUUCCACAUCGGCUGGUCCUGGCGGUGAUAGACACUUGCGACGACCUUCGUACGCUACUGUUGCGGCAGGAACAGGAACAGCUUCACAUCGAGCAAGUGCAUCGGAACGAUCGGCAGUCGCAUCGGCGGGUGCUCUGGCUUUGGCGGCGAGAGGCGAGCAGCAACCUCAGGCCGUCAAUAUGCUGUCAAGACCACAUUCUAGGAGCAUGGAUAUGGGUGAGCAAGGUGGUCAAAGACCGGGUAGUGGUUGGAGAGGAAACAGGAUGGGCUGUCUGGUGCAUGAGGACCACCCACCAUUCUUCGUUCCAUCAUAUCUUGGUCGAUCACGGCAUGUGGCACGGCUAUACCGGGAACAUCGACGACAUCUCGAAGAGUUGCAGGAGCUAGCACGUCAAGAGCCAAUACCACCGCCGCAACCGUCACUAUCUACAAGCUCGAGUAACGUCAACCUACACAAACUCCACACAGCACACGCCCACCACCACCGCGGUCCAGUCCAGGACAUAAUCGAGCGCCUCCCUCCACCAUCAGAGGAGGACAAGAACCUCCCUCUGCCCUCUGCCUGGAGCGAAGAAGACAAGCAACCCGGCCUCGAGAUCCAAUCCGAAGGCACCGAAGUCCGCUUCACCGGCAACUGCAAGACCUCCGACGAAGCCGCCUCCAUCCGCUCCGACCACCCCAUGCCCAAAGAAUGCGGCAUCUACUACUACGAAAUUACAAUCCUCUCCCGCGGCAAAGACGGCAUGGUCGGCAUCGGCUUCUCCACAAAACGAGCAAGUCUGAAUCGUUUACCAGGCUGGGAGCAAGAGUCUUGGGCAUAUCAUGGCGAUGACGGAUAUUGUUUCGCGUGUACGGCGAGUGGGAAGGCGUAUGGACCGCGGUUUGCAAGUAAUGAUGUUAUUGGGUGUGGGAUCAACUUCAGGACGGGCGAGGCAUUCUUUACGAAGAAUGGGGUCUAUCUUGGGGUGGCGUUCAACAAUAUCAAGGGUGAUAGGCUCUACCCGAGUGUUGGUAUGAAGAAGCCGAAUGAGCAUUUGAGGGUCAAUUUCGGGAGGACGCCGUUUGUGUUUGAUAUCGAUCGGAUGAUGGAGCAGGAGAGGAGGAUCGUGAUGGCUGAGAUCAGGCAGACUGAUGUCACGCCAAUCUAUCCUUCGGGUGACGAGAGUGCUCUGACGCAGGCGUUGGUCGCGCAGUAUCUGGCGCAUGAGGGCUAUGUUGAAACGGCGAAAGCUUUGUCCCGCGAGAGCUGGGAACGGGAGCAGUCGAUACGUGGCGUUUCGCAGCCAUAUCAGCCACCAGACUCUGACGAUGAUGUACAUGCUAUCAAUCGACAGAAGAUACGGAAGUCGAUCCUCGAUGGCGAUAUCGAUCGAGCUCUGAAGUAUACGAGCAGCUAUUACCCGCACGUACUGGAGGAGGAACGGAACCGCGAUAUCUACUUCCGGCUCAAGUGUCGCAAGUUCAUCGAGAUGAUGAGGCGGUAUGCUGAGCUCGUGGCGGCUACCUCAUCACCCCAAUUGGUGACCAAGUCCAUCGACUCGCUCGCCAGUAACGGCCAUCCUCAGCAGAUGAUCGAAGAUGGCCAGAACGAAGAAGCUGAGGACGACGAGGACGGAGAUGACACACAGAUGGAGCUUGACGAUCAAUUACACCGUGAAGCUACCACGACCAAGAAUCUAUCUGCUGUCGCUACAGACGACAUCGACAUGGAUGCCUCGCAGGAGCUCACACGGUCUCAGACUCUGCGGAAAGGCGCUUUCAUGAAGAAAGAAGACCUUCAAGCUGCAGCGCUGGCUUAUGGACGAGAGCUGCAGAUGGAGUUCGGCAGCAGUGGCGAUGUGAGACCGGAGAUCAAGAAGGAACUGCAGGACCUGGGAGCGAUAUGGGCUUAUGACAAUCCGGCCGAUAGUCCAAUUGCGGGUAUGCUUGAUAAGGGACGGAGAGUGCUGAUUGCGGAGGAGGUCAAUGGGGCUAUACUUGUAUCGCUCGGCAAACCAUCAUCCGCUGCACUGGACACGCUGUGUGCUCAGACAGAAGCUCUACUCGAUGACACGGCUAGUAAGAGUGGUGGUGCGGCUGCAUUCGUGCAGGUCUUUGGCGAUCUGCUGGCGCCGUAG